AUGGGCUUUUUCGACCACCUUCAGAAGGGAGGGGCCGGGGCCUUUUCUUUACAGCCCAAGAAAGCGCAAAUCCGCAAAGUUGUGCAGACUCGACCUGCAGCACCUACGCGAUCGGUAACACAAAUCCCCGAUACUCGAUCGCCUCGAGUUCAGUCCUCGACGGAGAGGAGCCGGAAGGCGCAAGCCUUGAAAUCUCGAUCGGUUUCGAGUGACCUGGAAGCACGUUCAGCAAAGCGUCUCAGCACCCCGUCGCGCAUUCGGAAAAGGCCAACUCCCGAACAACGACUUUCGAGCGACGAUGAUGCGAGCGACAGCGAGGCUUCCUUUGAAAUUCAUAAACGCGCGCGGAUGAGCGCUAGUGUUGAACCCGACCCGGAACGACGUCUCCGCUCUGUGAAAGCAUUUUCGGAAGAAGGAUCUCGCCCGUUCAAAAUGAUGCAUGCCGCAGAUAUAACGUCGGGCAAAAAGGCUGGCAAGUUCAAGCCAGCGUUCGGCGCUUCGGGGAAGCCUAAAGAUAUUCUUCUGCAGUAUCCUAGUGCUUCGCAGCAGGAGAGAUAUGAAUCCGUGGUCCCCCGAGAAAAUGACGAAUUCCGACCUAUCGACGACAUCGUUCAGGUUAUCGAGACGGUCUCCGACAAUUAUAUCCCUAGCGAGGAGGCGGAUGAAUUUAACGAUGAGACGACCGGUAUCAAGCGUCGAUUGCGCCGGGCUUUGGCUGUCGCAUCCGAGACCCAAUUUCGGGAAGCUGUCGAUGAUUAUAACAAAGCUAUUAAGCGGUUGCGGGCCAACGGCAGUCUUGCGAAGCAUUUGGAUGCAACGCAGGGACUCGGUCUACCUUGGGUGGAAAGGAUUCUUACUCAAACAUACUCGCGCACGGUAUCACCUCAAGUCGAGUCUCUCCGGCAAUACGAGAAUGGCACGGAUAAUGUCUACGGAGAGCUCCUCCCUCGCUUUAUCAGCACAAUAUUCAAGGAAACCAAACUUAAGUCUGGCCAGGUUUUCGUCGAUCUUGGCUCAGGUGUAGGUAAUGUCGUUCUUCAGGCGGCACUCGAAGUUGGCUGUGAGAGUUGGGGUUGUGAGAUGAUGUCAAACGCAUGUGAUUUGGCAGAUCUGCAGCAAUCCGAAUUCAAGGCGCGAUGCCGGCUCUGGGGCAUUGCGCCAGGCAAAACCCAUCUUGUUCGAGGCGAUUUCCUUGAACAGGAGAGUAUCAUUAGUGUGCUAAAGCGGGCCGAUGUGGUACUCAUCAACAACCAGGCUUUCACACCUCAGCUGAACAAUGAGCUGAUCAACCACUUUUUGGAUAUGAAAGAAGGGUGCAAAAUUGUCUCGCUCAAGUCGUUUGUUCCAGCUGGUCACAAAAUCCAGUCCCGCAACCUGAACUCUCCCAUCAACCUCCUCCAGGUCCAGCAAAAGAAUUACUGGUCGAACAAUGUGAGCUGGACUGAUGUUGGCGGUACCUAUUUCAUUGCCACUAAAGACAGCUCACGGUUGAAGGCCUUCAUUGAUAGCACACCAUAG